UUUGGCGCCGAAUACAUGCGUAAACCGUUACCGUUUUUCAUUAAAACAAUGUUUAAAGUAGGUGAUCUGUAUAAAGACCUUUUCGCCGAGUAUAAGAAAGGAAAAAAACCUAGUAUUGCUCAGAAAGAAUUUAAUGAGAUGUGGGCUAAUGCAAAACAAAAAUAUUCUACAAAACAAGAAUUUGUGAAGUGGGCGAAUGAUCUUCUAGCAGAUUACCGCCGAAAGCACCAAGCAAAGAAGUCUUCCAAUAUUCUCUAUUAUUGCUCUAAUUCUAAAAAGGUAAGCUAUUAAACUAGUAUUUGUCUGUUUAAGGGCGUUGUCCUAAUAAAUACGACUUCAUCUAUAGUUUACUAGCUGUUGCCCCGCGGCUUCACCCGCGACUUUUUUCAUAGUAACUUUCAUUUUUGAAAAAAAAAGUAGCCUAUGUUUGACCCCGGGUAUCAAACUAUUUCCAUACCAAAUUUCAUAAAAAUCGGUCCAGCGGUUUAGCCGUGAAGAACGGACAGACAGACAGACUUUCACAUUCAUAAUAUUAGUAUGGAUUUGUAAUAUAAAUGUUAUUGUUAAGUCUUCCAACAUUUUAGAUAGGUAAUUUAAGGAAAAAAUAUAGAUAAAAUAUGUAUAGCGUACUUUAAGUAUUACUUAAAUCCAAAAGAUUUUUUUUUAUUUUUACAUUAUAAAAAAGUUAUUCAAAAAAUUUCUAGAUUUUUAAUAGUUUUAGCUAGUCAUUGGCGCACAGGAAUGUCAUUCCAUAAAAAAUGCUGAAUAAACAUCACGUGGCCCAUAUGCCUACAUAUCACCGAUCGCUGAACUCUAAAGAAGUAGGUGUAUUGAGCUGAGAACCAUGUCUAUGAGGCAUGGGUUUAUCUAACGUAAAAAAACAAAAUAAACCGUAAGUCGCGGUGGUGGUUAUAAGGUGAAGGUUAUGUUACUAUUGUUACACAUUUUGCGCCUGUUUAUAUACUAAUAUCUUGUCGCUUUGUGAAAACUUACAACUAUUUAUGGAUCAUACCUACAUAUAAUUAUAUACACAUUAUUCUAGUGAAAAUGCGAGGAUUGUGCAUGGUUUGUGUGCCGUUUCGAACUCUUAUUUUAAUAAAAGAAAAAAUAACAUUACUGGACAUGGUUAAUUUGUUUGCACGAUAUUAUCUUUACUUUCACGAUAUUAAUUAAAUUAUUAAUUUUCAGAAUGCCAGCGAAAAUAAUUCUGUUUUGCCAAUGACAUCCAAUGAGCCAAAUCUACCUGUAAAACUUCCUACGCCUGCGAUAUGCGUCUUACCGAUCGGUACCGAAAUUACUGACGAAGGUGCUCGGAAACGUAAAGGUGAAGAUUUGGAUUGUAGCAACGAGAAUUCACCCGAUACACCAAGUACAAGCAGCUCUAUACUGCAGCCUGUACGUGCUACUCCUGCACAGGAUAAGUUGAAGAAUCAGAUUUCUCUUCUUCAAAUGGAAUUGGACUUAGCUGUUCGUCGUAGGGAUUUUCUGGGCGAAAAUGAGACACGUGAUGUGACGAAACUGCGCCGAGAAAUUGAUAAAUGCACAAAAGAACUACGGAAGAAGGAACAACAUAUGCGUCACUCCCAGUCACAUAGAUUAUCAAUAAAAUCAAAGAUUAAACUUGCUUGCAAUCAGAGUCCGAUUGUAGCUGAUCUUCUUAAGGCGCGUUCUGCCCCAGGUCGCCCACGCCUAGAAGAGCAACAACCGCAAUUGCUAAAAACUAUAGUCGAUUUGGCUAUGUUUGGUGCUUCUGCGGAGGAACGGCGUCGCUCAGAAAUUGUUCGCAGUUGCCGAACACUUACUGACCUCCAUGAAAAGCUAAAGGAGCACGGAUUUCAAAUUUCGAAGAGUGGCACGUAUCUUCGAUUGCUCCCUAGAAAUUAUACCACCUUGGAGGGUAAAAGGCAUGUAGUCACUGUGCCUGUCAAAUUGAGUCGCCCUGAGGCAGAUCACCACAAGGCUCAUGUCGAUCAACAUUUUUGUGUCGCCACAAUAAGAUCCUUGGAAACGCUGGCAUCUAUUCUCGGGCCAAAAAAAGUGUUUGACAGCGGCAAAUAA